UCAAGUGGGUCGGUUGUGGGAGGAGCUUGGUAAGGUCCAUACAGGCUAGUUGUGAUUGUGCUAAUGGCUAGUAUUGCUAACAGUUACAUGAAACCCAACGUAACCAUGCUCCAGUCCUAGAACGAAGUGGGGUUUUCUGUUGAUGUCCUCAGCAGCCACACAAAUUGCAAUUAACAAUACCUUCAAACAGUGGAGCAACAUCUUCACUAAAUUAUGUUUAUGCUUUACUGGGAUACAGAUUGCCAGAAAUGCAAAUGAACUGUUUGUCACUAACUUUUAGUCAUAUUCAAUUGGAUUUCAAGGCCAAGGUUGGAGGGAAAUCUCUCAGUCUGACAUCAGGGGAACAGGUAAUUUUUCAAAUAAACUUACAAAUCUACAUAUUAUUGUACUAUCAAAUUUAAAGUGGUACUAAAUUGGUUGAGAAACAAUGAGCUACAGUCAUUGAUAUAGAGGUUAUUUAUUUAAAUUAGCCAUGUCAUUAAAAGGAGCAACUAUUUCAGUGAUCAGACAUUGUAGUUUGUUUCUACUGUUGACAUGGAGCUGUAAAAUCAUCCAUCAAAGAGCAGAAAAUCUGCUCUCAUAAAGAGGUCAUCUUGUUUGCACUCUGAUUCCUGUAAAUAUAAGUGCAUGACAUGACAGCGUUCAUUCCAGGUACUAACCAGCUGAAGUCCACUUCAGUGUAGGCACACCUGUGGUUUUCUUAGCACUUUAUCUCAGUUACGUAUAAUGUUUGUUGUCUUCUUUUUGCUGAUCUUUUUGUAACAAGGAAAUUUGAUUAAAUUUAAUCAAAUUCCAAAUUUCUUACUCUGAUUGCAUUUCUUACUUUGUUAAAAAUCCCUUAACCUAAGAUGUUCCAAUAUUUGUAAUAAUAAAUCACUGAAAGACUAAAUUUUUUUUGUUCCAUAGCUCAAGAACAACAGUUGUAUCUUUUGAUCACACAUUUCAUUCAUUCUCUCAGUACUCUGUAAGAGUCGGACACAUUCACUUGUUCCUGUUUUUUACCCCGCCCAUGUUUUACUGGUUUCGGCUUAACCAGUUUAACCUCCCUCUGUUUACUCUAUAAAACUUGUGCUUGCGCUACCUGUAGGAUCACUUUGCCGCUGUGCUGACACAAUUCAGCUUCUCUUUUCGUAGCAUCUUCUCGGAAUAAGAAAGUUUUCUUCACCAUGUCUUCUGAUCAGGACAGCUGCUACCUCUGUAAGGAAUAUCUCAGGGAUCCCGUGUCCAUCCCGUGUGGCCACAUCUUCUGCUCCAUCUGCCUACAGACCUACUGGGACCAUGCAGACCACACUGGCUCAUACCUCUGCCCUGAGUGCAGGGUGACUUACAACAAAAGGCCCACUCCAAGGCGCAUGGGAGGCUCCCGCCACUCCACCAUCCAACGCAACUCUGAGGCCUUUCCACCAGCCCCUCCGUCCCCGGACUACAACUACGCCGGACCCCAAGAUGUUGGCUGCGACAUCUGCGUCGGCAAAAAGCACAAAGCCAUCAAGACCUGCCUGAUGUGCCUGGCCUCCUACUGCGAGAAGCACCUUAAGCCCCACUUUGAGUCAGCCACUUUCAAAAGGCACAAACUGGUUGACGAAAUUGGCCACCUAGACAGGCAGAUCUGCCCACAGCAUCAGAAAGGCUUGGAGCUGUUCUGCCGCACUGAUCAGAUGUGUAUCUGUGUGCUGUGUACGGUGAAAGAGCAUAAGGGUCAUGACAUGGUGUCAGCAGAGCAGGAAAGAGCUGAAGAGCAGCAACGUCUGGGCGCCACCCAGGCUGAAAUCCAGGAAAAGAUUCACGACCGUCUCAAGCAGAUGGAGGAGCUGAAACAAGCUGUGGACUCAAUCAAGAACUCGGCCCAGAGAGCGCUCCAGGAAUGCGAGAAGAUGUUUAGUGACAUGAUGCGCUCCAUAGAAAGGAUGCAACAGGAGAUGACCAAGCUGAUAUCAUCAAACAAGAGAGCUGCACUCAACAAUGCAGAGGGCCACAUGGAGCGUUUGACUCACGAGAUUGCCGACUUGAAGAAGAGAGACACUCAUAUCACCCAACUGUCCCGCACUGAGGACCACAUCCACUUCAUCCAGAGUUACCACAUGCUGCUAGCCCAGACGGAGGCUGAGGAGUUGCCUUCAGUCUCCGUAAAUCCCUACUUCACCUUCGGCUCUGUGACCAAAGCUGUCUCCGAGAUGAAGCAGCACCUGAAUGAAUUCAGCAACGAAGAGCUGGUGAAGGUCGCCAAAACGGUGAACAAAAUGACCUUCUGUCAGCUGGAUGAGCCCAAAAUGAGACGCUCAAUUAAAAGUGAAGAGGCCGUGAUGUACAAGGCCGUACCCGUCCAGGAACCUCAGUACAGGGACGACUUCUUGAGAUAUGCUUGCCAGCUCACUCUGGACCCAAACACAGCCUACAGACAGCUCUACUUGUCUCGAGGGAAUAAAAAGGCCGCCCUCAAGAGAGACCCCCAAGAUUACGAAGACAACCCCUCCAGGUUUGACUCCUUGCCCCAGGUCCUCUGUAAGGAGAACCUUGCUGGAGGUGCCUACUACUGGGAGGUAGACUGGAGCGGUGAGGGCACAGCCCUCGGAGUCACCUACAAAGGCAUCAAGAGGACGGGCUAUGGAGACAGCUGCCGCAUCGGCUACAACCGCAAGUCAUGGAGCCUGUUCUGCUCCGAUUCCAGCUACUCGGCCCGCCACAGCAAGGACCAGACAGAGAUAAAAGCGCCUUACUCCUCCCGCAUCGGGGUCUUCCUGGACUACGAUGGGGGCACUCUCUCGUUCUACACCGUAGGGGACACCAUGUCCCUCCUCCACCGUUUCAAGACCUCCUUCAGCGAGCCUGUCUAUCCAGGGUUUUGGGUUUGGUACGACUCUGCAAUCACUCUCGUACAGCUGUGAUUUAAUAAAAUCCGUCCAACAAUCACUGAAUAAUCAUCUGUUAUUACUUUUUAUACAUAUGUGUGUAUUUUACAAAUAUAUAUUUCCUUUCUUUUUACUUUGAAAAAUGUGUGUUGAUCAAAGGGAAGCUGUUAUGAUGGAUGUGAUUUUAUUUUAUUUUUUUACUUAUAAUGAACAAAUGUUAGGGGGAAAGCACUUAUAGAGUAACUCCAAAUAUAUACAGUACUUGACUGAUGUAUGUUACGAUAAUUUCAUAUUAAACUUAUUUCUAUCAAUAAACAUUUGUUUUAACA